AUGUUCUACUCAACUUCCGAGCGGCGAAGAAGAUUUCGUUCCUUUGAAUCGGCAUGUUCUUCACCCUCUCGCGGCAUUGACGCUCAUACCGCUCGUAGUACGCUCAAGGAGAUCCGGGAGCACAUUCCGAGCCAUCUCUUUUACCGCAAGACAACACUCGCACUGUGCUACCUUCUCCGUGACUGCGCCGUGUCUGGAGUCCUCAUCCUCGGAGCCGCGCGAAUCGACACGCAUCUGCGGCCGACGCUCAUAUCUGCUGGUCUGCCAUCUGGUGCUGCAUAUGCAGUAGUCUGGCUGAGCUGGAUGAUUUACUGGUGGUUCCAGGGAUUGACUUUCACUGGGUUGUGGGUAAUCGGCCAUGAGUGCGGCCAUGGAGCAUUUUCGGCUAGUCGGAGGCUAUCAGAUUGUAUUGGAUUUAUUAUACACACCGGACUUCUCACGCCGUACUUCAGCUGGAAAUUCGUCCAUCGCCGGCACCAUGCCCAUCAUGGCUCAAUCGAGAAUGAUGAGGUGUACGUUCCACAAACUCGGAUGCAGCACACCUCUCCCAAACACAGCUUGUGGGAUAAUCUCGAGGAAAAAUUUGGAGACACGCCGAUAUAUACGCUCUUUGCGCUUGUCACGCAGCAGCUCCUGGGUUUCCCGGCUUAUCUUCUUUACAACGUCUCGGGGCAGAAGCGUUAUCCGAGAUGGUCCAACCACUUCAACCCAAAUGCUACAAUGUUUACUGCCUCCCAAGCUUGGGGUGUUGUCCUAUCUGACUUGGGACUUGUUCUCGCAUUUUAUCUCCUCCGACUAGCAUGCCUGCAUUUCGGUGUAUCGACCGUCGUCAAAAUCUACGGCAUCCCGUGGCUGCUUGUUACGCAUUGGUUCAUCAUGAUCACCUAUCUCCAUCACACGGACCCGAUCCUGCCUCACUACCGCAGUGGCAACUGGACUUUUGCGCGUGGUGCAGCGGCGACAAUCGACCGCGAUUUUCUGGGCUGGCAGGGCAGAUUCUUCUUUCACGAUGUCGCCCAUUUUCACGUCAUUCAUCAUUUCUUCCCGACGAUACCGUGGUAUAAUGCGGAAGAAGCCACGUGCUAUCUCCGCCAAGCCAUCGGGCCGCAUUACCAUCGCUCAUCUUCAUCUGUCUUCAAAGCACUCUGGAUCAGCUAUCAGUUCUGUCAGUUCGUCGAGGACACGGGUGCGCACAAGGAAUCGCGGCAGUUCACCCAGGCUGAUGAUGCCGGUGUUUUCUCCACAGGACAAACAGUAUUCUAUCGAAAUCGGCAGGGCGUGUCAGCAUGGGAUGUACCAGAGUUGAAACUGAGGCUGAUUUCGGAGUCGGAGUCCAAGGCGAAGGACUAG